CAUUUAUACAAUACAUAGGUACUGCACUCUCAAGUUCUUAAAGGACAGAUUUUGACUUACUUGGUUUCGGUACUGGGAUGAUGAAGUGAAAUAACUAUGGAGGCGACGCAUCCGACCGCCGGGUGGGAAAGAGUGGGAGAUAGGUUUUACCGCAAGACCCAGUUGUAUACCGCGAUAUUCGACCAGGAUCUUGACCUGGAUAAUUAUAUCGUUGCUGGUGCCCCGUACGGCGGCGCUGUAGCAAUAUGUCGAGACGACACUAAAAUCAUAUCUUACCAGCCUUCAAAAUCGUCAAAGCCUAGUAUUGACGUAUACAGCUGCGCUGGCAAGCUGCUGAAGAGCAUUUCUUGGGAUAAGGGCUCCAUCAAAGGUCUUGGCUGGUCAGAAGACGAGAAACUCCUAGUUGUCAGCUACGAUGGGACCGUGAGAUGUUAUUACAAUUUGCAGGGUGAUUUUACACAAUUCUCCCUCGGUCGUGAAGCCGAAGAUUUCGGCGUCCACUCAUGUCGGUUCUACGACCACGGCAUGGUGGCUUUACUUACUAAUAAUAUCCUCAUCUCUGUGUCCUCAUACGAUGAGCCCCGGCCAAAAGCCCUCGCAUCCCCGCCUGAGGGAGAAGUUCACGCUUGGGCCAUCAUUUCCCCAAGCUUCGCGCUGUCUAGGUCCGUGGAAGUGCUGUUAAGCAUUGGUAAAACGGUUUACGUGGUGGAUAAAACGGAAUGCGAAGAUCGAUUCCUUGAUAUUGGUCCAUUUUCGCACAUCAGUGUGUCCCCGAACGGAAAGUUCGCGGCUCUCUAUGCUUCGGAUGGCAAGGCCCAUGUCAUCACGGCUGAUUUCCAGAGCCGUUUAAGUGAGCAUGAUUCCAAGUCCCAGCUCACGCCCAAAUAUUUAGAAUGGUGCGGUAACGAUGCUGUUGUCAUCGCAUGGGAAGAUGAAGUGAACGUUGUGGGACCCAAUAACGCCGCGGCGAGUUUUGUUUACGAAGGCCGCGUCCACGUAAUUGCAGAUCACGACGGUGUGCGGCUUAUCACGAACGAUGUAUGCGAUUUCCUUCAAAAAGUGCCAGACGUUACGGAUGAAGUGUUCCGUCUCGGUAGCGAGUCGCCAGCGUCUGUUUUACUUGAUGCUGUGGAACAGCUCGAGAACCAGUCACCAAAAGCUGAUGACAAUAUCCAACUUAUAAGGCCAAAUCUGGUUGAAGCAGUCGAUACGUGUGUUGCUGUUGCUGGACACGAGUUCAAUGUUUAUUGGCAGAAGCAACUAUUAAAAGCUGCCUCCUUCGGCAAGUCAGUACUAGAUAUAUACAAUAGUGAUGACUUCGUUGACAUGUGCGAGACGCUACGAGUAAUCAAUGCUGUGCGCUAUUACGAAGUCGGCUUGCCACUAUCCUACGAACAAUACCAACGCCUCACACCCGAAGGACUAAUUCAAAGGCUCAUAAACCGUCAUGAAUACCUACUAGCUCUACGGAUUGCCGGGUACCUGCGCUUACCUACGGACCGCAUAUUCGUCCACUGGGCCUCUGCAAAGGUCCGAAUCGGUACAGAAGACGAAGAGACCAUCUGCCGAAUGGUGGUGGAAAAGCUUUCGGGCAAGCCGGGCAUUUCCUUCGAGGCUAUCGCCCGCGCCGCUUACGACGAGGGUCGCGGCCGGCUAGCUACGGAACUGCUAAACCACGAGCCUCGCGCGGGGAGACAAGUUCCGCUCCUCUUAAGCAUGGAAGAAGACGAGAUCGCGCUCGACAAGGCCAUCGAGAGUGGCGACUCUGACUUGAUCCUCUUCGUGCUGCUGCACCUGAAGAAGAAGCUCCCGCUGGCGUCCUUCUUCCGCGUGAUCAACGCACGGCCGACGGCCACCGCGCUCGUCGAGUCCUCGGCCGCGCUGGAGGACGACAGCGCGCUCCUCAAGGACCUGUACUACCAGGACGACCGGCGGGUCGACGGCGCGGGCGUGUUCGUCGGCGAGGCGCUGCGGCAGCCGGACGCGCGCACGGCCGGCGACAAGAUCGCGCUCGCCGCCAAGCUGCUCGCCGACGCCAAGGAGAACCACUUCGAGCUCGCGGCCCUCAAGGAGGCCGCCCAGCUCCUACGCACCCAGGAGGCCCUCGACCGCGACCUCACCGACACGUUUACCGGCCUGAGCGUCAACGAGACCCUGUUCAAGCUGAUACGCCUCGGGUACCAUAAUAAGGCGAAGAAGAUCCAGAGCGAGUUCAAAGUCCCUGAGAGAGUGGCUUGGUGGAUCCGACUCCGAGCCCUUGUUGCGAAGCGCGACUGGAACGAAAUCGAGGAUAUUGCUAAGAGUAGGAAGAGCCCGAUUGGCUGGGAGCCGUUCUUCAACCAGAUCCUGCAAGCGGGCAACCCGCGCCUCGCGGCGUCCUUCAUCCCCAAGUGCACGAACCUGGAGCCGGGCGCGUCCAUCACCAUGUACGAGAAGUGCGGGUUGCGCGUCAAGGCCGCCGAGGAGGCUGUCAAGGCCAAGGACGCCGACGCUUGGACUCGCCUUCUGGAAGCUGCGGGGAGGAACACGCCCGAGGGGAGGGAUAUUGAGAGGUUAGGGCAGCAGGUUUUCAAGAAGUGAAGUUGAACUCAAGGGAGAUGGUUUAUUUGUUAGUAGCGCUUGUGAGAGAGAUAUGUGAUGAUGGUACAGCUAGAGAAUGGAUGCGAUAAUUACAGUAUAUCCGCGAGUUGUCUGUUUAAUAUGACCUUGUUUUGACAAUUCAACCUCAGUUAGACGUCACAAUGCAGCUAAUUAGUAUAUCUCGUAUGGAAAAGGUCAUUCAAGCACGAGCA